AUGAGCGAUAAAAGAAAGAUCCAACACGAAGGUAUCAUUGCUUUGAUCAACUAUUCUACCCUUUGCGCUUAAAAGUGCGACGUCUUGAAGGGUCACGAUGAUAAAAUUACUGAUACUGAAGAAUAGUGUUUAAGAGUUUGCGCUGAAAAGAUCCGUCAAACUUUUGAGUUCACUAACGACAUUUAUUUGAAAAAUCCCAAUCUCACCAAGCCUAAUUGA